AUGCUACACUACUCCAACCAACUCUUCUCUCGCAACAUCCAUGCAGUCCGCACCGUCGGACAUAUUUGGCCUAGCAUGGAUACCCUUCAAGAGACUGCCCGCAUCGUCACGUCGAAGCCAGUCCAGCGGGCAUUCGUCAAUAGCGUGCUCCUGGUGUCUGGUGCUGUGAUCCUCUUUUGCACAGCGGCCAUUGCUUCGGCUCUCUUUUUCCAGAAUUUUCUUCCCCAUGAGGUGGUGACGAUGCCUGUCCACCUCCAGUAUGGCUCCGGCGUCAACCCAUAUGGCAUCGCAUCACUCGAAUUGCCGCCCAUGAAGUCGCAGCAAGAAUAUGACGUAUCGCUGAGCUUGACGAUGCCGCGAUCGAACCCGAAUGUGGAGCGCGGCAACUUCAUGAUAAGCCUGCACAUGCUCGACUCCAAGGCCGAUUUUGAGCUUCAGGCUAAGGCUGGACAGCACGCAGCCGAGCAUGGUGGUUUUGGAACUACCAAUGUCCUCUUCAGCUCACGCAGGCCCGCCCUGUUCCCUUACGUGGAUCCGUUCGUCUCUCUCGCAUCUCGCGUCCUCUUCUUGGCCUACCAUCUAUUUGCGCCGGGGUCAAGCUCGAGCACAAUGAUGAUACCUCUAGCAGAAAGGGUAUGGUUCUCUAAGGGGUCCAUGAUCCCAAAGUCGGCUUAUAUCGAGGUGGAGGCGGGCCAGACAAUUCAGAUAUACCAUGCUGCACUGCAGCUUACAGCCCAGCUUCGCGGGCUCCGCUGGCUGAUGGUACACUAUCGAAUCUCCACUUUCGUUGCCUUUACCUUUCUUUUCUGGAUCUGCGAGAUCAUGUUCAUGGCCGUGGCCUGGGGGUUAUGGAGUCUUGCCUCUGGGCCAUCCCCCGAAGAAGUUGACGGCAAGGCAUGGCCACAAGGAGUCGAAGAAGAUGAAGAAGAGACGGACCACCCAGAGACGUUUCCGACGUAUGGGAAGCAACGGCCUCUCAAGUAUGAGCCAGAUGUUAAGCACGAGCUGGACCCUGAGCAACCAUUAUCAGAAAUUCCUCGCGCGGGAGCUGAUGCCGAUGAUGAGGAUGAGGGGAGCUUUGAAGAGGAGGAGGAGGAAGAAGAUGUGCAGCAUAAGGAUUCGGGAAUUGGCACAAGCUACAGUAGUUACCUGUCGAGUUGA